CCUCAAGGGUCAGAAGAGGCCAAAGCGUUUGUAAAUGCCUUCCUGAAGCGUAGCAUGCCAAAAAAGAAAGAUGAAGCUAUCCAGGAUAUACUGACUCGGAAAGCUGUGGUUCUUGAGCAUUAUUCCAAAAAAAAGACAAAGCAGAAGAGGAAGAAAACGAAAGGUUUCACUGCCAAGCAAAGGCGAGAAAUGCGUCUUUUUGAAAUUGAACCCGAACAGCAAAGAUACACAAUCUUUCUACCACUGCACGAACUCUGGAAACAGUAUAUCAGAGACCUGUGUCACGGACUUAAACCAGAUGCGCAACCACAUAUGGUUCAGAGCAAACUGCUAAAAGCUGAUCUCCAUGGAGCUAUUGUUACAGUCACAAAAUCAAAGUGCCCCUCUUAUGUUGGGAUAACAGGAAUCAUUCUGCAGGAAUUUAAACAUGUCUUCAAAAUUAUCACUAAAGAGGACAAAUUAAAAGUUGUUCCCAAACUUAACAACGUGUUUAGCGUGGAGAUUGAUGGAUUCAUUUCCUACAUCUAUGGAAGCAAGUUCCAGCUUAGAGCAAGUGAGCGAUCUGCAAAAAAGUUCAAGUUGAAAGGAACUAUUGACCUAUGAUUUAAUGGAAAAUCAGAAGUAUUAAUAGAAAUGUCUGCCGUUUUCCUGCAGUUUAAAGACCAGGUUUUCUGGCAGAUUAAAUAGCUAUGUGAAUUUUUUCUAAAGCAUUUCUUCUUACUGAAGAAUGACUAGUUAUCUGUUGUCUUUUAUGCAGUCUCUCAGACUGUUGGAGUUUGUUGUAUCUGGUUGUUUU